UCAGAUAUUCUCUCUCUAAUCUGUACAUGUUUUAUAGUUUUAAUUUUUUCUACGUGAAUUCUAAAACAAAAACAAUUUAUAUCGAUAUCAAUAUUAAUUUUCUGUACUUUUGAGGCAAUUGUUUCAUAGUUUUUUGAAAUUAAUUAUUACUCGGUAAAAUUAUGCUGAAAAAUUUGUGAGCGAGUGAUUUAAGUGUCAUUUAACGAACUAAACAAAACGAGAUAUUUCAGAAUUUUAAAUAAUAUAUCUUGUGUUAGAAAACGAAUGAAAUUUAUUAUGUGGAUUUUUUAGCGAGGGAUUUCUUUUGUCACAUUGCACGUAUAAUGUUCGAUCGUUCACCGGGCUGGUUGAUAGAUUCCGGAGCGGUUCGGAGUCACCGGAAGAUCACUCGAUAAACUCAAACUUUCCUGCGGGCGAAAGGGUGGGACCGAUCGGGUCCGUGGCGGAAUGUGGGACUCGGCCGCGUUUCUCGGCGCUCUCACGCCCAAGUUUUACGUAGCUCUGACGGGCACGUCGUCGCUCAUCUCCGGUCUCAUUCUCAUAUUCGAGUGGUGGUACUUCCGCAAGUAUGGUACGUCGUUCAUUGAGCAGGUCUCGUUAACACACCUGGGCCCGUGGCUCGGCGGCGGCGGCACCGGGGCCGAGUCCGAGGGCGGCGGUGGCGGCGGCGUGGGCGCCACGAGCGGCCCCGCUGAAUACAAGGUGUGGCGCAACCCGAUGUCGCUGCUGCGCGGCGCCGAGUAUGGCCGACUGUGGGGUGCGGCGCGGCGCGCGCCGCUCACAUACUAUGACAUGAACCUGUCUGCGCAGGAUCACCAGGCGUGGUUCAGCUGUGGGGCCGAGGGCCCGGCCGAGGAGGCGAUGGCGCGCGCGUGGCGCGAGCGCGAGCCGGCUGCGCGCGUGGCGGCGGCGCGCGCGGCGCUGCGCCACUCGCCGGACUGCGCCGCUGCGCUGCUGCUGCUGGCCGAGGAGGACGCGCCCACCGUGGCCGAGGCCGAGCGCGUGCUGCGCCGCGCGUGGCGCGCCGCCGAGGCGGCGUGGCGCGCCAGCUGCGCGGCGGGCGGGGGCGCGGGCUCGGCGGCGGCGCGGCGCGACGCCGCCGUGCUGGCGCACGUGAAGCGGCGCGCCGCCAUGUGCGCGCGCCGCCUGGGCCGCCUGCGAGACGCCGCGCGCCUGUUCCGCGAGCUGGCGCGCGACGCGCCGCCCGCGCUGCACGCGCUCGCGCUGCACGAGAACCUCAUCGAGGUGCUGCUCGAGCAGCGCGCCUACGCAGACGUGCAGGCGGUGCUGGCGCGCUACGAGGACGCGUGCGCGCCGCGCUCGGCGACGCUGUGCUACUCGGCCGCGCUGCUGCGCGCGCGCGCCGCCGCCGCCGCGCCCGCCGCCGCGCGCGCCGCCGCCGACCUCGCCGCGCUCGAGGCCAUCCGGCGCGCGAUCGAGUAUAACCCGCACGUGCCGGAGUACCUGCUGGAGCUGCGGCCGCUCACGCUGCCGCCGGAGCAUUUGCUGAAGCGCGGCGACAGCGAGGCCGUCGCGUACUCGUUUUUCCACCUGCGCCAUUGGAGGCAUGCUGACGGUGCGCUGCGCUUACUCGCCGUCGCCUGGCAGGCGGCGGAGCGCGCGCGGCGGGCGUCUGGCGCGGGCGCGGAGGGUGCGGGGGGUGCGGGGGGCGGUGCGGGCGGCGCGUGCGGCGCGUGCGCGGACCGCGAGCUGCUGCCGCCGCACCACGCGGGCCGCUGCACGCGCCGCGCGCCCGCGCUGCUGCCGCUGUGCGCGGCGCUGUGCGCGGCGGCGGCGCUGCUGGCGCUGCUGGCGCACCGCUGGCCGGCGCAGGCCGCCGCCGCCGCGCGCGCCGCCGCCGCCGGCCUCGACCCGCGCCGCCUGCACGCGCUGCUCGCCGCCGUGUAGCCGCGCCACCGACGAUCUCCGUUGUAUCUCUCCACUUUGCAAUGUAAACGUUUAAUAUAUUCCACUUCGCAAUAAAUGAUAUUCGAGCUAUGA